AUGACCCACGUUCCGGAGCCCACGGGCGAUGCGAUCGUGGACGAGAAGUAUUGGAAAAGGCGCUACAACUACUUCGCCCGCUUCGACGAAGGAGUCCGCAUGGACGCAGGAGCCUGGUUCGAGGUCACACCCGAGUCGGUCGCCCGGCACAUCGCGGACCGGCUGAGCUUCGACCGGGUGGUGGACGGCACCUGCGGCGUGGGUGGCAACGCGAUACAGUUCGCGCUGACUUCGCGCAGCGUCGUCGCCGUCGACACGGAUCCCGGGCGUCUGUCGGACGCGAGGCACAACGCCGGCAUCUACGGAGUCGCCGACCGCAUCGACUUCGUCCACGACGACUUCGCGCACUUCGCAGAGGUCUACCAGGGACCUCCGAUUGACGCAGUCUUCCUGUCCCCGCCCUGGGGUGGCCCGGGCCACCUGGAGUCGAACCACUUCUCCCUUCGCGACGUGGAGGUACCGGACAUCGUGCGACUCUUCUCCGCGGCCGCGAAGUUGAGCCCGAGAGUGGCGCUCUAUCUUCCCAGGCACACCGACCUCCAGGAGAUAGCCAUCCUUGCCUCCGCAAGCGGCUUCCCAGCCGUGGAGGUGGAGAAGGUGCUGUUCCAGCACCCAACGCCCCACUUGAAGCUCAUCGUCGCCUACUUCUCCAAGGAGGUCGUGCAGUCAGGCCUUCGAACCCUGGGCUGGUUAGGCACUGGUGACUCAAGAUCACCUAGACUCUCAAACGCGACCCUUGUCGCUGUGAUGGCUUCUGGCCAAGUGCAGCUGCAUCAGAUGCUGUGGAAGCUAGACGCGGCGAUGCUGGAGGGCGAGCAGGUGCGCGACACCACUGGUGCUCCUGGCGGGAGGGUUGAAGACGAGGAGGGGCAGGACGUUGUCACGCAGCUGGACCCUCCUUCAGAUCCCAAUCUGGAGGAUGAGCUUUAUGAUUAUGGACAUGUUCCCGAUCCUUUGGAAUUGGAGAUAUCCCAGCAAGCCAUCGACGAGGACAGAAUGGGUCUAAUUUCUUUUUCGGAGUAUGACUCAGUUCCGAGCACAUCUGCUGAAGUGGGCUCGGAUGAGCUCAAGCAGAAGAUUCUAGCCGUCCUUGAAGGAAUCCCGGACAAGGAGUGGGAAAGCACAUCCAGGCAAAACGUCCGGCCAGCUGGUGAGCGUAAGAGUUUCCAAAAGGUUCUUGGUCUCGUUACUGGGGCGCACUGGCGUGGAAUACCGAUGCCAACCACGGAUACGUUCAGGUAUCGCGGGCUGGUCAUGGAUCUGUGGAAGUAUGUCAGCGGCCUGUCGAGAGGAGAGACUUUCGUUGAAGAUCCACAGGGGCCCGACGAGUACGAGCUGUGUGAGGACAUCCGUGCGAUUGGCGAGCGAGGCAGCAAGCUGCGCGGCCAGAAGCUUGAUAUCCACAGCCUGCAGCAGUUUGAUGGCAACAGGGUUCAUUGCACCAUGGAGUUCGAAGGGCGGCGCUAUGCCAUUGUCCUCUUCUGCAUCGGGAAAGCCUAUGAUCAGACUCCGGCGUUGUCCCGAGUCUUCCUGCAACAGCUGGGAUUUCCGCUUCCGGAGGCGGCAUUCCAAGAUCCGCUGAGGGACGAGUACUGGCAUUUGGCAGACUUGGCCUUGAAGCGGCAACCCGUGCUUGACCAGCCAGGCAGGCACACCCCGCCCAUGGGCCGCGCGAAAUCUGAGCCCAGCGCAAGGAAGCUCCCGCGCCCGGACGUCGCGCCUGAGCCGCGGGGCUCGCCCGGGCCUGCGAAGCGCCCGCACGGCGACGUCGCUCCCGAGCCGCGAGGCGCGCCCGACGCAGCUGGGGCUGGGGCACCCGAGGACUUUGUCAUAGUUGGGUAA